AUGUUUGAACAUGAAAAAUGUUAUUUAGUAGGUGAAAAUCCAACUUAUGAUAAUUUGGCUGAAUUAAUGUUUCGUGUUGGUGAUUAUGAUAGAAUACGUGAAAUACAUCGUGUAUGUGAUACAGUUGACGCACUUGAUUUUUUGAUUACUGAAACAUCCAUUAUACGACUACAAAAUAGUGGUUACAAUAUUCCAUCGAUGUCACUAAUGUAA